CACGAUCUAAGCUUCUCCCCAGACCAUAUUUUCAAGUUAAUUCAUCUAUUCUUUGCCGGUUAUCCGUACAAAGCUCAGACCUUUCGGCGCCGUUAAACAUGGGGUUCGGUGUCGGCCACCGAAACCGAGAUGCUCAACCCCGCGAAUACGAUGCAGAUCUUGUAUGGAAUUGGAACCAUGUGGGCUUGAUUUAUGCGGGGAUAUUUACCUCCGGCUGGACACCGCGAGAUGAGAUGCAACGGUCCUUCGCCUCGCUUAAUUUUUCUAUUUCUUGGCCCUUCUCCUCCUUUGCCAGAGUUUUCACUGACUUUUGCCAAGAGAUAUCCUCGAGCUUGAGGUGACUCCAUGAAGAUGGCGGCGCGAAACGACUUUGAUAGCAAUCCCGAGAUGGCUAGUGAUGAAAAGAACUCCGAUUCUCGGCUGGAGAGCACCACGGCAAUUGAUCCAGCUCUUGAGAAAAAGCUGGUGCGCAAACAAGAUGUUCGCAUCAUUCCCUUGGCUGCAGGUAUCUACUUGCUCUGCUAUCUAGAUCGAUCCAACAUUGGCAACGCCAAGGUUCUCAACCAUACGACCGGUCAUGAUCUUCUCACAGAAACCAACAUGACCAACUAUGACUUUACCAUUGCACUCAUGGUCUUCCUCAUUGCGUAUGCUCUCUUCGAGGUUCCGUCCAACUACUUCCUCAAGAAGAUGAAGCCGAGCAGAUGGAUUGCGUUCCUCAUGUUUGCAUGGGGUACGAUCACCAUUUGUCUCGGUGCUGCUCAUAGUUAUGCUGUUGUCACAGUUCUGCGAUUUCUUCUGGGUGUCUUUGAGGCCGGCCUGUUUCCUGGUCUGGUGUACUAUCUCACUUUCUGGUACAAGCCUGAGGAGCGUUCCGUUCGAGUGGCUACUAUCUUGGCAUCUGCUACUCUGGCCGGAGCUUUUGGCGGCGCCAUCGCUUAUGGAGUUGGGCAUAUGAACCAGGUACAUGGACUUUCCGGUUGGCGAUGGCUCUUCAUCCUUGAGGGUAUUCCCUCCGUGAUUUCUUCAGCUUUCGUCUGGUUCGGGCUCCCAGAUUUCCCCGAGUCAGCCAGCUGGCUCUCGGCGGAAGAAAAGGACAUCGCAGCAUAUAGACUUUCUGAGCAGGGAUCACAUGGUGACAGCAAGUCCAUGACGUGGGAGGAUGCUAAGUCAACAUUGCUGGAAUGGCGGCUCUGGUGCCAUUACCUGAUCUACUUCGGUAUUUCAGCCCCAUUCUCGAGUUUGUCACUCUUCACACCUUCAAUCACGGCCGGCCUCGGGUUUGCGGAUCUUAGAGCUCAGUUGAUGACUGUGCCUCCCUACGCAGCUGCGUACGUUGUCACACUGCUUGUUUCAUGGUCAGCAGACCGACACAAUGCCCGCGCUCUUCACUCGGCUGUAUUCUCCUUGAUAGGCGCCGUUGGUUUCAUUGCCUCUGCAACUCUUCCCGCCGAUUCUUAUAGUCCUCGUUAUGGCUGUCUCAUUGUGGCUGCAUGCGGUUCUUUUGCCUGCAUCCCCCCUCUUCUAGGCUGGCUAUCAUCCAACCUGCACUCCACGGCUGCCAUCGGCUUGGCCAUUGCGCUCAACAUCUCCAUGGGAGCUCCUGGCCAAAUCGUUGGUGUUUGGAUCUACAAGGCAAACGAAGCCAAGAAGGGCUAUCCAACUGGACACUGGGUAAAUGCUGGCCUGCUGUUGUUCGUGAGCGUUGGCUGCAUCGCUAUGCAUGGGUACUAUGUCUGGAGAAACAGACGGGCUGCUGGUACUGAUCAGCCUCGCUUCAAGUACUGAUGGAGCAGAAGAAUGGGAAGCAAGUGUUGGCAGAUGAGGUAAUCAAGAGGAAUGGAGCUGCAAGUUUGACGACUUUUAACUUCCAUGACUUAUAUACAACUAUUGCAACUUGUACAAGC